UUCUGACCGAAUGAUCUGAUUCCUCACCCCUCGCCGAUCAUUCCCCUGCAUACGGAGUGGAUAACUUUUCCAAUACUAAGCCACCAAAUCCAGCCCCCACCCAACAAUACAAUAAUGCCUUGAAAUACGACGGAGCCAAUGGUGCCGAACAUCCCUUAAAAAAGCAAACCGACUGACCUACCAUAUCGAUCUUUGAAUCUCAACUGUUGAUCGGUUUGCGUUCCGCGAAGCAGACGUCGUUCGCUAACUUUCUUUUUCUCCUUUUGUUUCUUUCUCCCCUCUUUCUCUGCUAUACACUGCGAUUGCUCGCGACCAUAGGUACAUAAUCAGAUAUCGCUAUGCGUCUCCUCCCCACGCUAUCAUUUCUUCUGGUCUACGCUGGGCAGGCUUUUUCUACGAUUCUAGAAAAUGGCCACCCAAGAGAAGAUCCGUAUCCAGGGCAAGCGCCGAAUAUUUCCCUAGACGAUAGCUGGAAACGCUACGGCCCGGACGCGUCGGAGAUCGCGUAUAAGGGCCGCUGGGAUAGUAAUUAUGUCUCUUGGUGGUCUAUACCGGGGGUUAAGUUUGGGUUUACAGGGGACAAGUUGGCCUUGAGCUUUGGAGAACAGACAUCCCCGGGGGUUCUUGUUGCUUAUCGAAUCGGCGGUCGCGACUGGUCCUUCUCCAACGUCACCGCAAAUGCAACUUACCAGUUUGUCGGGCCGGGGACAGAAUUCAAUAAUAUCAAUGCGGCGCGUACCAAGACAUUCGAGUUGAGAGUAACGAACUGGGGUUAUGGAAUCCAGAUAGCAAACGUAUCUGUGUCUUCCGAUGCGAAGAUCCGGAAAGCAAAGGAGUUUUCGAGAAAGAUCGAGAUCAUCGGCGACUCUCUUGCAUCGGGCCAAUAUGGAACGUACGAAGGUCUUUCGUCUUGGGGAUAUAAUUUCGCCGCUGGACUGGGCGAUGCUGAGUAUACUAUUACUGCAUACCCUGGUAUCUGCCUCGUUGAUCAAAAAUGCUACGGUGGAUCUGCUCGCGGAAUGACUCACCAAUGGACCUACGCUUCCGAUGUUGGCAACCGCGCAAAAGCAACCUACGGCUCACACCCUGAGAAGUGGGACUUCGACGCCCAUAAGCCCGCCGACCUGGUAGUCAUCAACCUGGGGACGAACGAUCACCGCGACCCGAACAAUCUGCCCGGCGAGAUCUUUGCGGAGAGCUAUGUCGAUCUGGUCAACACAGUGCAUGAGACGUGGUCAGACGCGCAGGUGGUUUUGAUGUCCCUCUGGGGAAACUUCACCACCACGAGACCGUCCCACGAAAACGCCACGUCCAGCGACCUUUACGACUACGAAUACACCUACGUCCAGCACCCAACCUACGUGUCCGACAUCAAAAGCGUGUACGAGCACUUCCGCGACCAGGGCGCCGACUGGGUGCAUUACUUCGACACGACGGGCAUCCUGCAACACAACGACCUCGCGCCGCCGGAUCACCCGACCGACGUCGGUCAUCUCAAGAUCGCGAGCCAUCUGAUGCAGUGGACCAAGAUCAAGCUGGGGUGGGAGCUCGGAGCCACGGGGCCCGAGGUGCAGCAUGAUACGGAGUAUUGGAAUAAUGAGGAUAAGUAUAAGAAAUGAUCCGUUUUCUAACACAUCCAGUAUAAAGUACUAGGGAAGGAAGAGGGAACAGAUUAUUUGUAUCAAAUGACAUUGUAUAGAUGCAGCCUAUAUAUGAUACGGAAAUGUAGGAUACCGAUUAUCACAUUGACUAGGCAUAGGCCCAUGAUAGUGUCAACAUGCUGAUCGAUGAUCCGUUGAUUUGGGUAUUUAGAGGCAAACAGCAAUCGACACUCGCUCCCGCUUGGGAGGUCCUUGUCGUGACUGGGGUUAAAUACCCUGGUGAAAUCACCAAGAGAAGGCAAAUCGCUAGCUAAAAUUCAUCCCAAUGUCGCAUAUCAGACAGACAUCAAGUACUCUGCAUCACAUCAUCACCGGAAAGGAAUCCGCCUGCAUUAUAGCAGAUCCAAUCAAACUGAUGCUGCUCGAGAUACUCGG